AGAAAGAAAGAAAAAAGAACAGUCAACACGGACGGCUAAACGACCCAAACCCAAACAAACGAACGCAAAGUUACUCUCUUUAUUCUCUCCAUUUUCCCUCUCCUUCCAAGGAAAACCCUAAAUUUUUUUAUUGUUCUCUUAAAUUUGAUCUCAUCAAAGUCAAAUCCUUUCAAUCACAAAGAACAACAUUAAUUGCAAAAAACAUGUCAUCGGAGAUCGAGGUCGUAGAAGAGACACAGACACAAUACAACAAUGACAACGAAGGGGAAUCUAAUGGCGGGAUUGGGGAGGAGAGUUUAAGGAACGAUGUAUAUACGGCAGCUGCAUACGGAGAUUUAGAGAAGCUUCAAAGAUUGGUUGAAAGUGAGGGUUGUUCGGUUUCCGAACCCGAUGGUUUGGGUUACUACGCUUUGCAGUGGGCCGCUUUGAAUAACCGAACCGCUGCUGCUCAAUACAUUAUUCAGAAUGGAGGGGAUGUGAAUGCAAAAGAUCAUACUGGACAGACUGCAUUACAUUGGAGUGCGGUUCGCGGUGCUAUUCAAGUGGCUGAGCUGUUACUCCAAGAAGGUGCUAGAGUUAAUGUGGCUGAUAUGUAUGGGUAUCAGACAACACAUGUUGCAGCACAAUAUGGUCAAACAGCUUUCCUCUAUCACAUUGUCUCGAAAUGGAAUGCUGAUCCUGAUGUCCCUGAUAAUGAUGGAAGGAGCCCUUUACACUGGGCUGCUUAUAAAGGGUUUGCCGACUGUAUACGUCUUCUAUUGUUUCUAGAUGCUUACAGGGGACGCCAGGAUAAAGAAGGUUGCACUCCUCUCCAUUGGGCUGCAAUUAGGGGUAACUUGGAGGCAUGUACAGUGUUGGUACAGGCUGGAAAAAAAGAGGACCUAAUGGUGACUGAUAACACUGGACUUACACCAGCGCAGCUUGCUUCUGACAAGAAUCACAGACAAGUUGCUUUUUUCCUUGGAAAUGCGAGGAGGUUGCUUGACAAGCGUUGUGAUGGAAACAGCCGCCUGGGACGUCUAGCAAAGUUGGGACUUGCACCUGUACUUUGGUCCAUAAUAUUACUUCUGUUGGUGACCUAUACUCACUCUGUCAUUAUGGAUCCCAGUCUACCAAAGCUAACAGCUGGCUUUGGUCUUUUUGCCUGGUUGGGUGUUUUCCUAGCAACUACUGGACUAUUUAUGUUUUAUAGGUGUAGCAGGAAGGAUCCAGGUUACAUUAGAAUGAAUGUGCAUGAUCCAGAAAACAUGAAAGAUGAUGAACCUCUUUUGAAGAUCGAGAUAAAUAAUCCUGCUUUGCUAGCUGGAAAUUGGUCUCAACUGUGCGCAACAUGCAAGAUUGUUAGACCUCUCCGCGCAAAGCACUGUUCCACAUGUGACCGUUGUGUUGAACAAUUUGAUCACCAUUGCCCCUGGGUGUCUAAUUGCAUUGGCAAGAAAAACAAAUGGGAUUUCUUUAUGUUUCUUGUUCUAGAAGUUUCAGCAAUGUUGAUUACUGGUGCAGUGGCUCUUACAAGAGUUGUGACUGAUCCAGCAGCUCCAUCUACAUUUGGAGCAUGGAUAAACCACGCCGGGACUCAUCAUGUUGGAGCUAUUUCAUUUCUGAUUGUUGAUUUUCUCAUGUUCUUUGGUGUGGCAGUAUUAACUGUUGUGCAAGCUUCUCAGAUAUCUCGCAAUAUAACAACAAAUGAAAUGGCAAAUGCAAUGCGUUAUAGCUACCUUAGAGGCCCAGGCGGUCGCUUUAGAAACCCAUAUGAUCACGGUCUCAGAAAGAACUGUUCAGAUUUCUUGAUCAAUGGCUACAACGAAGAUAUUGAGUAUGUUGAAGAUUCUGCACAUUCUGAGGGGAUUGGGUUGAUGCAUAUGACAAGGAAUCCAAGCUCGCAGAAUGGGGAUGCCCACUCUCAUCACAUGAAUGGCAAUGGGCAUGUUGCCAUUAAUGUAAAUUCAGACGGCAAAAUUCAUCAGGGUCAUGUCCAUUCUUCCCAUUGCUCCCAUAGUAACCAUGGAAAGUCUAAAACGGAUAGUACUACUCCCUUGGGUUUGGGUCUUGGUCUUGGACUUGGACGGAGCACUGGUCGUACUACUGUUGCAGCUUCGUGAUGUUGGUGCAAAUGUGGUACAAGUGAUAAGUACUGUAUCAUAACGCCUUCAAUUAGGUGUGUAAUUUAAUUGAUUGUUGCUCUUUUUUUGCUCCUAUUGGUGUUUGAUUCUUGUACAAAUUUUACUCUUUUCAAUGGUUGUAGCAGCUGUCAGUGUUAAUGUCAGAUUUGGCAUUCAAUUUUCAGUGAAAAUUAAUGAAAAGUCAGGUAGGCAACAUUGACCUCCUGCUCCUCCCCUGCUGAGCUUCUUGGGCUAUACAAUGGGGUUAUUACACCUGCAA